AUGAGGUCCGUCUCCGUGUCCGUGGUGGUGCUGGUCCUGGCCGGCGCCGUCCUCGCCGCGGCGCGUCUCGCGGAUGGCGCAGGCCCUUGCGGCGCGAGCCCGCCGGACCAGGUGGCCCUGAAGCUUGCACCGUGCGUGUCGGCGGCGAAGGACCCGGAUUCGACGCCGUCGCAGCGCUGCUGCUCGGCGGUGAAGGACAUCGGGGAGAAGAGCGCCGAGUGCCUCUGCGCCGUGCUGCUGUCCAAGACCGUGCGGCAAAUCGGGGUGAAGCCGGAGAUGGCCAUCACCAUCCCCAAGCGCUGCAACAUCGCCAACCGCCCCAUCGGCUACAAGUGCGGCGAUUUCACCUUGCCCAACCUGCAGCUGCAGGGCUGAUCGAUCGACGGGUUACGAGGAUCUGGAACCGAAGCGAGGAAAUAAAGCUAGCAAGGAACUCCGUGUGU